AUGAUCAGUCACUGUACGUGUAUCAGUCUGAGCACGUGGACCGUUAGUAAAGAUCAACCCAGCAGUGACCCACCCACAAGUGGUCCACACAGCAGUGACCCACCCACAAGUGACCCACCCAGCAGUGACCCAUCCACAAGUGGUCCACCCAGCAGUGACCCAUCCACAAGUGGUCCACCCAGCAGUGACCCAUCCACAAGUGACCCACCCAGCAGUGACCCACCCACAAGUGGUCCACCCAGCAGUGACCCAUCCACAAGUGGUCCACCCAGCAGUGACCCACCCACAAGUGACCCACCCAGCAGUGACCCACCCACAAGUGGUCCACCCAGCAGUGACCCACCCACAAGUGGUCCACCCAGCAGUGACCCAUCCACAAGUUGUCCACCCAGCAGUGACCCACCCACAAGUGGUCCACCCAGCAGUGACCCAUCCACAAGUUGUCCACCCAGCAGUGACCCACCCACAAGUGACCCACCCAGCAGUGACCCACCCACAAGUGGUCCACCCAGCAGUGACCACCCCCAAGUGACCCACCUAGCAGUGACCCACCCACAAGUGGUCCACCCAGCAGUAACCCACCCAGCAUUUCUGUAA